AAAAAAAAAAAAGGAAAAGGGCGGUGAAAGAAAAAAGAGAGAAGAAAUAAAGAAGAAUAAGGGUGAAGAUUAUAAGAGAAGCUAGAGAUUUUAUCGCGAUUUUUUCUCGAGAAUGAUCUCUUUGAUAGCGAGAGAUCCGAGUCCGAGCUCCGAUUUCGGUUGAAUGAGGGCGAUAUUUCGGUUUAUGUGGAGCGUGGCUGCAGACUUGCCCCGAUCUGUCAAACAUUUUGAGAGGUUUCAUUUUACCUCUAGAAUUUCUGCAACGCGUUUCUUAAUCUUAAGAUGAAACCAAAAGCAAAUGGGAGUAUACAGAGAGCUCAAAGAGUGAAGCAUGUUCAAGGAGAAGGGCCAAAUUGGGUUCUUAUUGCAGGUGGUGCAUUGUUAAGUACUUUGUCAUUUAGGAUUGGGUGCAGACUGAAGCAGGCUUUUGAUGCAAAAAGAUCAAAUAAUGCCCAUAAUACAUUGAAAGAAAAUGGAAACUGUGUAGCUCAGAGGAGACCUGCAACUUGCAAGUUGCAUUCAAAUUCAUAUUGCUAUACUCAGGAAGAGGAUGAUGGGUGUUACCACUGUCUCUCAGGGAACUUAAAUGGUGAAACGAACAUCAAGCAUUCACCCUCAAGCCCAAUGUCUAAAGAUGGAGAUCAUUCCCUUCCACUCGUAAAAAUCCCGACAGCAGAAUCACAUAAAGAUGGCAAUGGUGUUAUGUGGGCAUCAUCACCAGACCGUCUCGAACUUCCUCGGAAGCCAUUUCACCGUUCAAACAGUUCAGACUCGCCUUCUUUCUCGGAGUCGGGGUCAGAUAUCUACAGCAAGCGAGAGGUAAUACAAAAGCUCCGGCAGCAGCUUAAGAGACGGGAUGAAAUGAUACUGGAGAUGCAAACCCAGAUCUUGGACCUACAGACUUCUCUAAGUGCCCAAAUGACCCAUUCAGCACAUCUUCAAACUCAGGUUGAUUGUUCCAACCGUGAAUUGUUCGAUUCGGAGAGAGAGAUCCAACGGCUAAGAAAGGUCAUUGCUGAUCAUUGUGUAGCAGAAGCUGCCUCCCCUGAAAGAACUGGAACCAACAACAGAAAUUGGCAGCCUGAAUCAGUUAAUGGGGGAGUGAAUGGAUAUCUCAACAAUGGAGAUGUUGAGCUGCACUGUGUUGGUCUUGAGAAGGGAAGAGGAGAUGCAGAGAAGGUUGAUAUGUUGAAAAGAGAAGUCGGGGAACUGAAAGAGGUGAUAGAAGGAAAGGAGUUCUUGCUUCAGAGCUACAAGGAACAAAAGGUAGAACUGAGUUCAAAGGUGAAGGAGCUGCAACAAAAACUUGCUCUACAGGUACCAAAUAUUUUGUAGCAGAAAUUCUCAGAGUAGUUAUUCUUGUUUAGUUGUCAUUCCACAAUGAGAGCUGUUUUUUUUCGUGUUGCUGUGAUUUUCUAUUUGUUGUAUAGUUUCUGGAGUAUGGUUUUGGCACCUCCAUGUCAACAUGUCAGAAUCUAGUGAAGGCUUGUUAAAAAAAUGUAGAACUGAUAUGGAUAGUGCCUGGGGUUUUGAAUGCAGGACUCAUAUGAAGUUGUUUGA